CGCGGCCGCUCAGCCUCACUCGCGGGCAUGACAGUGGGGUGGGGAUCGACCCGCCCGCGCUGGGGUGGGGAGCGAGGCAGGUCCCAGGAUUCUGGGUCCCGACUCCUGUCCUGCCUGGCCCACAGACUGCGAGAGGACCCAGGCGUCCGGACUCCCCGUGCCAGCGCCAUGAGGCCGCUCCUCGCCUUGCUGCUCCUGGGCCUGGCGUUCGGCUCGCCCCCGCUAGACGACAACAAGAUUCCCAGCCUGUGCCCGGGGCACCCCGGCCUUCCGGGCACGCCGGGCCACCAUGGCAGCCAGGGCCUGCCUGGCCGCGACGGCCGCGACGGCCGGGACGGCGCGCCCGGGGCGCCCGGGGAGAAAGGCGAGGGCGGGAGGCCAGGACUGCCGGGGCCUCGCGGAGAGCCCGGGCCGCGAGGAGAGGCCGGACCCGUGGGGGCGACCGGGCCGGCGGGGGAGUGCUCGGUGCCCCCGCGCUCCGCCUUCAGCGCCAAGCGCUCGGAGAGCCGGGUGCCUCCGCCGUCGGACGCGCCCCUACCCUUCGACCGCGUGCUGGUGAACGAGCAGGGACAUUACGACGCCACCACCGGCAAGUUCACCUGCCAGGUGCCCGGAGUCUACUACUUCGCGGUCCACGCCACCGUCUACCGGGCUAGCCUGCAGUUCGAUCUGGUCAAGAAUGGCGAGUCCAUCGCCUCUUUCUUCCAGUUUUUUGGGGGGUGGCCCAAGCCAGCCUCGCUCUCCGGGGGCGCCAUGGUGAGGCUGGAGCCGGAGGACCAGGUGUGGGUCCAGGUGGGCGUGGGUGACUACAUCGGCAUCUACGCCAGCAUCAAGACGGACAGCACCUUCUCUGGAUUCCUGGUGUACUCUGACUGGCACAGCUCCCCCGUCUUCGCUUGAUGCCCACUGGACAGUGAGCUCAAGCACUCUCACUCCUAGGGAAGGAGGGUGUGACAGUGACAGCCACAUCAUCCGGGAGGGCUGGCCCCCCUGGACAGUUGUGAAUGACUACAGAGGUGGGGUGGGGUCUUCCCAGUCCUGCUGCUGGCAGGGAAUGGGGACAGAGGCUCUGAGAACAGCGCUGGCAGCAUAGGACAGUGGCUGGAUUCCUGCCCAAGACCAAAGGAGUGCCCUGUGCUGCCAGGUGUGAGUCCUUCAGUUGCUCUGCCCAGGACCCCAAGGUGGGGUGCUCUCUUCCUGGUCCUCUGCUUCUCUGGGUCCUCCCUUGUCUUUCCUACCCUGGGCCCUUCUCUCAGAGACCAUUCAAUAAACCUAAAAAACCCUC